CGCUGGUCACGUGAUGUUUGGGUGCCGGCGGUGACGGGCGCGCGGCGGCAGGAACAAUACUGCUGAGCUGGGCCUUUGGUCCAUUGGGCUGUUGCUGCCAAGUUCCCAACAAGUGGCUCCACAACACAGCAGAAUAAAAUUGUGGAAAGCAUCCCCUUGGUACAAUAAUUCCCAGCCCAGAUUCUGCCUAGAAGGUGCAACACCAACACCUGAGAUUAGAAGAAAGUCUCGUGUGCCCAGGAGAACAGGACUUGGGAAGCAGCUGGUCUGACGUGUAAUCCCGCAUCCAUCACCAUCCAGAAAAUGUCUUAUGGAUCCAUUGAUGGGAGUGGAUUUGGGAGCAGGAACCCAUUUGGAGGCCCUUCGAGACAAGGCUAUCAGCCUCUGGCCACCCAGAUCGAUCCCAGUGAACUGCAGGAACUUUUUCAGGAGACCUCAGCCARCGUCUUCCGAAUUAACUCCAAUGUGACCUCUCUGGAAAGAAGCCUUCGAUCUCUGGGGACCUCGAACGAUACUCAAGAGCUGCAGGAUGGACUGCAUGCCACCCAGCAGGAGACUAAUAAAACCAUCACGACUAGCACCAAAGCCAUCAGGCAGCUGUCUGAGAUUGUCAGAGGCUCAUCCAGGCAAGAACGGCUUCAGCUGGACAGGCUGAAGAACCAGCUGUCAGAUGCCAUCCAGAGAUACGGAGCUGUGCAGAAAAAAAUAGCAGAGAAAUCCAAAUCUUUGCUUUCUACUGGGCAGAGAAGCACCAAACAGCAGAGCCCUAAGACCCCCUUCUCUGACCUGCCUGAUGAUGAGAAGAUCUUCAACGGAGGCGAUGGCGUGUGGCAGAACCAGGGCCAGGACCAAGCCUUGCUCUCGGAAAUCACGGAGGAGGAUCUGGAGGCCAUCCGCCAGCGGGAAGAGGCCAUUCAGCAGAUUGAGAGUGACAUGUUGGAUGUGAACCAGAUCAUCAAGGACCUGGCCUCCAUGGUGCACGAGCAAGGAGAUGCAAUAGAUAGCAUUGAAGCCAACAUCGAGGCCUCUUCCUCUAACGUGGAAUCAGCCAACGAGCAGCUGGCAAAAGCAAGUCAGCACCAGCUACGAGCCAGGAAGAUGAAGUGCUGCCUUCUGUCCAUCGCUUUGGCCGUCCUGCUGCUCAUCGUCAUCAUCAUCGCCGUCUCCGUCAAGCGCUGACCUGGCCGAGGUUUGCACAGGUAAAACCCUUGAACC